CUGGACUUGCUUUUGCAGUUUUGCUCGGCAAAGGGAGGCUACUUCAGCGAGACAAGGGUUUCUUCUUCCAGUCCCAAGCGUGCCCGGAGACACCACUCCCUUCCCUUCCACACCACCUGACCAGCAAGGUAGCAACCGUUCUGACACGGCGGGGCGGAGCGGCCGAGCGGGGCAGGAUCUAGAUGGCGGCGGCGACGGAGGAAUUGCAGCUCGUGGGAUCCAUCCCGGCGCCGGAAGGCGCGGGGGAGGUCGACGGCGCGGUGGCGGAGAAAGGGCGACCGCGAGGCGGCGACGACGACGAGAUCCUGCGAUUCAUGGACUCGGUGGACGGCUACCUCCUCCUCAUGGACUCCCUAUCCUCCGCUCUUCGUCAGGGCUGGCUUGAUCUGGCAAGUGCUCGCCAUUCUAUGGGCCCAUCACGUGUUUCGAGUACACUGUUUGAUCACAAGGAGCAGUCUGCUGCCACUAAGCUUCAAGUUGUUGAUCAUGAUGGCCUGAAACCAUCAGAGCCAAAACCACACUUUGCUCUAUCAAAGUGGUCUUUGCAAGAAGAAUGUCCCUCCAACUAUGAUGUCAGUGAAAGAGCUUUUACUGAGCCAAAGAUGAGGCAUCGAGGAUCAGUUACUACCCCAGAAAAUGGAAACCAUGAAAGUGCAAACACCACAGCAUCGUCUACUGGUGCUGAUGCUAGCAAUCAUGUUCAACGAGCGAGAUCAAAAGCAUUAUCAGUCUUUGGAGGAUUGGUGUCUCCGAAACUAAGAACCGCCCAACUUUCAUUUGAAACAGCACUUGACUUGAUUGUGGAGCUAGCAAAUUCAAGGUCAAAUAUGUUAGCUAGUUUCUCCCAGUUAAAAGAGUGAAGCUUGACAUUCUGUUUUGAGGUUUUGUACCCUGGGCAUCAUCUAUUCAGCACUCAUGGGAUCGCAGCAACUGUAAACUAAGUUUUGAGAUCCAGUAUAUUUAAGAACAGCUAAAUAGCAUAUAAUGCUUGCUAUGCUGAUUGCUGAUGUGAAGGUGGAGCUCACAUACCUGUGAAUGCGAGAACACAUGCUGGAAUCAGUCAGAAAUUGCUUGAGGCAACCAGAAAUCAACCAACCAUCAAAAUGAUUCCUUUCAACACCCGAUGCAAGUCAUGUAUGGAUAUGGUUUAGAGUAUGCGUUUGGCACCCUGGUGGGCUCUGCUUGUCUAUACUGUUGGAUUGAAUUAUUCAGACGGACACUAACGGCGGCAGACAUCUGGACACUCCAAUAAAAAAAAUGAAAUCUGUACUUGUAUAACUUCUAUCAAGCAAAAUGACGUGUUUAUGUUGCUUUAUGCAGUUUGUUCUUCUCCGCUGAACAAUUGCCAAUUACAUGGUACAGUUCCAUAAUUUUCAUUUGCAGAGCACACAUAGAUUCCAUUUGUUGUGCUCAAAGUUGUAUCUGCUAUAA